GAGGGGCCGGGCGGGACCGGGACCGGACCGGGACGAGGGCCGGUACAAGGGCCAGGAACGGACCGCGCCGGGGCGGCCCCGCGGGCACCGGCAGCGAUGGCGCCGCGGCUGCAGCUGGAGAAGGCGGCGUGGCGCUGGACCGAGACGGUGCCGCCCGAGGCGGUGGCGCAGGAGCACAUCGAGGCGGCCUAUCGCGUCCGGCUGGAGCCCUGCCAGCGCGGAGCCUGCCGGAGGAACUGCCGGGGGAACCCCAACUGCCUGGUGGGCAUCGGGGAGCACGUGUGGCUGGGCGAGAUCGACGAGAACAGCUUCCACAACAUCGACGACCCCAACUGCGAGCGCCGCAAGAAGAAUGCCUUUGUGGGCCUGACCAACCUUGGGGCCACGUGCUACGUGAACACCUUCCUGCAGAUGUGGUUUCUGAACCUGGAGCUGCGCCAGGCGCUGUACCUGUGUCCCAGCGCCUGCAGCGACGGCGUCCCCAAGGACACAGACUACGAGCCCCAGAGCAUCUGUGAGCACCUGCAGUACCUGUUUGCGCUGCUGCAGAACAGCAAACGGCGCUACAUCGACCCCUCGGGCUUCGUCAAGGCCCUGGGGCUGGACACGGCCCAGCAGCAGGAUGCCCAGGAGUUUUCCAAGCUGUUCAUGUCCCUGCUGGAAGAUACUUUAUCCAAACAGAAGAACCCAGAUGUCAGGAACAUCGUGCAAAAGCAGUUCUGUGGAGAGUAUGCCUAUGUCACUGUCUGCAACCAGUGUGGCAGAGAAUCCAAACUGGUGUCCAAAUUUUACGAGCUGGAGUUAAACAUCCAAGGACACAAGCAGCUGACAGACUGUAUAACAGAAUUCCUCAAGGAAGAAAAAUUAGAAGGGGACAAUCGUUAUUUUUGUGAGACUUGUCAGAGCAAGCAGAAUGCCACGAGGAAGAUCCGCCUGCUCAGCCUGCCCUGCACCCUCAACCUGCAGCUCAUGCGCUUCGUGUUCGACAGGCAAACUGGUCACAAGAAGAAGCUGAACACCUACAUCGGCUUCUCGGAGCUGCUGGACAUGGAGCCUUUCAUGGAGCAGAAAAACGGGGUGUACGUGUACGAGCUGAGCGCUGUCCUCAUCCACCGCGGCGUCAGCGCCUACUCCGGCCACUACAUCGCCCACGUCAAGGACCCGCAGACGGGCGAGUGGUACAAGUUCAACGACGAGGACAUCGAGAAGAUGGAGGGCAAGAAGCUGCAGCUGGGCAUCGAGGAAGAUCUAGCGGAGCCAUCGAAAUCCCAGACUCGGAAGCCCAAGUGUGGGAAGGGCACCCACUGCUCCCGGAAUGCCUACAUGCUGGUGUACAGGCUGCAGGCCAGGGAGAAAUCCCUCACUGUCGAGGUGCCAGCUUUCCUGCAGGAGCUGGUGGAGAGGGAUAACUGCAAGUUUGAGGAGUGGUGCAACGAGAUGGCCGAGAUGCGCAAGCAGAGCGUGGCCAGGGGGAAGAUCAAACACGAGGAGGUGAAGGAGCUCUACCAAAGGUUACCCGCCGAAGCUGGUUCCCCCUACGACUUCAUCUCUCUGGAAUGGCUGCAGAAAUGGCUGGAUGAGUCCACUCCUCCCAAACCUAUCGACAACACGGCCUGCCUGUGCUCCCAUGGCAAACUCCAUCCCGAUAAAAUAUCCCUGAUGAAGAGGAUUUCGGAAUACGUGGCCGACUUCUUCUACCGGCGCUACGGGGGAGGGCCCCGGCUCAACGUCAAAGCACUUUGCAAGGACUGUGUGGUGGAAAGGUGUCGAAUCCUGCGGCUCAAAAACCAGCUGAAUGAAGACUACAAAACUGUGACCAACCUGCUGAAGGUCACAGUCAAGGGGAACGACGGGUUUUGGGUUGGAAAAGCAUCUCUGAGGAGCUGGCGUCAGCUGGCUCUGGAGCAGCUCAAUGAGCAAGAUGAAGAUGCAGAGCACAGUAAUGGAAAAAUGAAUGGAAAUGCACAAAACAAAGAUGAAUCAAACGAAGAGAAGAGGGAGGAGGAAGAGGAGUUAAAUUUUAAUGAAGACAUCGUUUGCCCACACGGUGACCUGUGCAUCUCUGAGAACGAGCGCAGGGUGGUUUCCAGGGAAGCCUGGGAGAAACUCAAGCAAUAUUUCCCAAAAGCCCCUGAAUUCCCGAAUAACAAAGAGUGCUGUUCCCAGUGCAAGAUUUUGGAGCGUGAAGGGGAGGAAAACGAAGCUCUCCAUAAGAUGAUGGCCAGUGAGCAGAAGACUUCUCUCCAGAACCUGUUCCAUGAUAAAUGCAGGCCUUGCCUGGGCAGUUGGCCUCAGGAGACAGAUGAGCUGUAUAUUGUUUCGCAGUUCUUUGUAGAAGAAUGGAGGAAAUUUGUCAGGAGGCCGACACGCUGCAGCCCCGUGUCCUCCAUAGCCAACAGUGUCCUGCUCUGCCCCCACGGGGGGCUCAUGUUCACCUUCGCUUCCAUGACCAAAGAAGACUCCAAACAUAUAGCUCUGAUAUGGCCCAGCGAGUGGGAGAGGAUCCAAAAACUCUUCGUGGUGGAUCACGUCAUCAAGAUCACCCGGGCACAGGGCCCCGAGGGCACCCGCUACACCUCGGAGCCCCAGCUGUGCCCGGAGUGCCGGGAAGGGCUCCUGUGCCAGCAGCAGCGGGACCUGCGCGAGUACACCCAGGCCACCGUGUACGUGCACAAAGUGGUGGAUAACAAAAAGGUGAUGAAGGACGCGGCUCCGGAGCUGAACGUGAGCAGCUCGGAGGCUGAAGAGGAAAGGGAGGAAAACAAGCCAGAGGGGGAGCAGGACCCCGAUUUUAACCAGGCCAACGGCGGCGCAAAACGCCAGAAGCUCUCCCAGCAGAGCUACAUCACCUACCAAAAACAGGGAAUCAGGAGGAGCACCCGGCACAGGAAGGUCCGAGGGGAGAAGGCCCUGCUGGUGUCGGCCAACCAGACCCUGAAAGAGCUGAAAAUACAGAUCAUGCACGCCUUCUCCGUGGCCCCCUUCGACCAGAACCUGUCCAUCGACGGCAAGAUCCUGAGCGACGACACGGCCACGCUGGGCAGCCUGGGGGUCAUCCCCGAGUCCGUCAUCCUGCUCAAGGCUGAUGAGCCCAUCGCGGAUUACGCAGCCAUGGACGACGUUAUGCAAGUUUGUAUGCCCGAAGAGGGAUUUAAAGGGACUGGUUUACUCGGCCACUGAUGGUUUUCCAAGAGGAGCGACCCGAAGGGAAGAGGAUUUGGAACGUGGUAGGGCAUUAAAAGCAUCCAAAAAAAAAGGUGGUUACGGGACUUUGUGACUCUUCCAGAAAGCAGGAAAACCCCCGAGUGAGGCGUGUGCUCCCCAAAGCAAACCAAACCAAUGCCUUAUGUCAAAGCAGAUUGCACUGAGGGACAUUCCUGCUCCAGGAGAACGUCCCGGGUUGGUUUAAUAAAGAGCAGGAAGGUUGGGAAGUUGAGCAGCAGUUGGUGUGUUCGGGGCGAGGGGGUGUCCCCAUGAUCCCAUAGAUUCCAACCAUCCUGCUCCAUCCUCCUCUUUAGGAUAACCCUGUCUUUGAUCCACUGUCAGGCCAGCUUGGAAGUGCAGGAGUUGGGACUGGGUGAGGAAUGUCUGGCAGACAACGAAUCUUUGUUGAUUUGACCCCAAAUGGGAGCUGGGAUCUGCUUCCCAAACCUUCCCCAGGGCCGCAUCCCUCUCUGCAUCCCUCUGCCACUUCCACACCUUGGAUGAUCCAAGAACCAUCUGGGCUCUGGGAACUGGGUUGGGGUUUUUUUUCUAGAAAUUUGGGGUAUUUUAGUCACUCUGGAGAACAUUUUCUUCCAGGAGUGCUUGGGACAGCCGGAGCCAGCAGGGGGGUGCAGGUGGGAAGCAUUUCCCAUGGGAAGAGGGGGUUUUUCCCCCUUUAUCCUCAUUUUUCAACAAUGCACUAAUUAUUAUUAUUAUUAUUAUUAUUAACAUCUCCCAGCAAGGAUUUCUCCCCAUUAAUAUUUAGCAGGAACUAUCCCACUUCCAGAUUGAUCCAUACCAGGCACUGCCGAGGGAUCUCUGUCCUGAAAUUCCAGGUUUCCUCUUCCUUUCCAGCCUUUUCCCUUGUUUCCCUGGAAAAAUACGAUGUGGAGAUCACAUCAGUUUUAUUUUGUCAAGGUUUGCAGAAAUUUGGGAUGCAAAAAGAGGGGGGAGGGGCACAAAUCCCAUCCCCCAAAACUCCACUGGAUUUGAUUUCCGAGGUUUGAUUUCCAAGGUUUUAUCCGAAGAAUUCCAGCUGUUCUUUGCCAAACCCCCUCCUCCCUGUCCCCGCUGCGUUUGGGGGUGAAGCAGCAGCAUUUGAGGGGCUGUAAAGCUCCUAAAAAGAGGGGGUUUGGGGCAGUUUGGAGCCGUGGAUUCUUUCCCAAGGUACAGACAUGAGGAAUUCCAUGUGCCGAAGCCACGAGAGGUUUUUUCUUCCCAGCCUGAAGCACUCGCUUGUGUACAUAUUCCUUGGAAAUUCCAUCUUUUCAAGUUGCUGUUCAUUUUUUUUAAUGUUAUAUAUAUAUAUAUAUAUAAAAAAGAAAACACAAAA